UAAAACCGUUUUGAUUGGCUAAUUGGUGGAGGUCACGUGAACGAAGCAAAGUGGCAGAAAAGCCCCUUUCACUCGUCUCCCAAUUCAAGAGCUUCAGUAUCGAGUCUGAUGUCACUCACUUCGGAGCUAUCAUUUUCUUCGGCCGGUUUGGUUUAAAGUUGCUCGUCAGUUUUAUCGCACGGAUCAUAUAUACUUUUUCAUCGCUUCUGCGAACUGGGUGAGACAUCCAGAAAUUCAGCGUCUCGCAGCAAAUAUCUUUAGCGAGAAAGCAGUCUACUUCCGAGGAUAAAUUAAAAGAACAAUUCGCAUAUCACUCAAGCUUACGAAGGAGACACACCAUUUAAUCAACCCUUGUUUCGUUUUCGAGGAUUCGUGUAGUGUUGAUGCAAUAAUAAUGCUUUUUAAUGUUCAUGUGUAGUGUUGUGAGCACAUUAGAAAUGUAUUGAUAUUCCGCUGGUCUUUUGUUCGUUUCUGCUUCUGAUAUUUUUCACGUUUGAUUCAAUCGGACACUUACUCGUUUUUGCGUUUUUUUGUUCUAAUCGGAAAAAAUUGACGAGAGAAGACAUUGUUUGAUUACGCUGCUGCAAUAAUGAUGCUUUUUAAUGUUCAUGUGUAGUGUUGUGAACAAAUAAAAAAUUGAUUGAUAUUCCGCUGGUAUUUUGUUCGUUCUGCUUCUGAUAUUCUUCAUGUUUGAUUCAAUCUGACACUCACUCGUCUUUUGCGUUUUUCGUUCCGAUCGGAAAAAUUGACAAGAACACAUAACGUUUGUUUACGCUGCUGCAUUAUUAAUGCAUGUUAAUUUCUGAUUGAAGCUAAUCGUUCAGGAAUAGAAUCUUCUAGGAACACAUCAUUAUAUAAAUUGAAUUGUGGAAUAUUUAUAGUUUUACAUGAGCUGAUAUGGAGAAUCAACGUGGACAGAGUCUUGGUGAUGUAAUAACUCUUGGAUUAUUUCUGAGUGUGUUAAUAGCGGGGGCCAAUGGAUCAUGUAGUCUCGUUUCGAUUGCCACAACAGGACAUACAUGCAGUAUAAAGACAUUUAAUAAAUGCACCUCUAACGUACGGGGAAGUGUUGAGGUGACUAGCGCAACCGUGAGCGUCGCCUCUGGUAGCAGCGUCGAUGCCACUGAAGCAGCCAACAACAUCGUACAAUGCAGCGAAAAGGCCUGUACUGAGCUGGCUUUGUUCCUACUGGACCACUACUCACGGCAGUUCUGUCUCACCUUGGAUACUAGAAUUUCCCUCCAUGGCCUCAACGCAGCGAUUACAGUUUCUUAUUCAGAUUGA